AUGUCUCAGACAGCUCCUGAACCAAUGAAAUUACCAGAGACUCAAGACUUUCCACAAGUAGACUGGAGACCAUUCUUGCCUGUUGAAGGUGAGACAGAAGAUCAGAAAAAGGAAAGACUCAAUCAUGCAGUCGAAGAGAAGAACAAAGUUCUCAAGCAACGCGAAGAAUUCAUCAACAAUCUCUCAGAAGAAGAACGUCUUAAGUACAGGGAGAACAAGCUGAAGAAGCUUGAAGAAAAGCUUCGUCGUAAGGAGGAGAAACUCCGCAGAAAUCAAGAUAAGAGAAGUAAGAAUAAUAAGAAAGAUAAGAAGGAUAAAGAUCGUAAGGACAAGAAAGAUAAGAAGUCUCAUUGUAAAUACGAAUCCGAUCAAGUAGUUGAGAUUCCUAUUGAUGAAUUCGUCCAGUUCAAAUCGUGGGAAAACUCAUUCAAGAAGAAACAUGUCAAUGCGAUGAAGUACAACGCUUUCUGCGAAUGGCGUAAAGCAAAUGGACAAGUUCCACAAGAUCCUCAAGUACAACAAGAGAAUCCAAAGAAUCAACUGUAA